AUGACGGCCGAAGGCGCCGAGCGGCAUCAAGAUGCUGGCAAUUCGAACGGCCUUUACGCCGUGUCAAAGAAGACGUUGACGAAAAGGAGGGAAUCAUGUGCACGUCAUUCUUCUCUAGUUUCACUCAAUUGUCAUGACGGUAGUGAUGAGAGUUGUCUGAAGUUUUUUAUUAUUUUCCGCAUGGAACAGCACGAGGUGGAGGUGGUGUGGUCCUACCCACUCCCUUUUGCCGCGGUGGAGGCGAGGCACCCGAAGUUUUUAGAGUUUGUCUACUCCAACUCCGGCAAUUCGUACUCUGUGGAGGACCUCAGCCACACAUUUGUUAUGACGGAUGGGCACGGGGUUCGCAUGUACGGGCACUGCACAGCCUUCGUGAAUGGAGAAGCAGCUGUUAGUCUCUCACCAUAUCCCUGGUGUCGUUUUUUUGCACAACUUGCCACACUCUUUCGCACGAACGGGUAUGACCAUGGGAAGGCGAUUGUGGAAGCGCUUUGUAGGAGCCCCACACCACCAUCCGGAAGUAAUUUUGUGCUGUCUACCAGCAUUCCCAUUGUAUUCCAAAGGCCAUAUGACAGGCUGUGUUCUUUUAUUGACACAUCCCCCAUUGACCUGAUUAAUAUAUUUCCGGAGACGGAGACGUUGUUUUCCGUCUUGGCCGAUUUAUUGCUGGAAAAGCGUGUUAUCGUAGUUGGGCCGAAUUUUGGCCUUGUCUCGCACGUAGUGAUGUCGCUGCAAAGCCUCAUCUCUCCUUUUGAUUGGAUGCAUAUUUUGGCUCCCAUUUUACCGAGUAGUCUUAUGGACGUCUUGGCAGCCCCGACGCCAUAUCUUGUAGGCAUUCUCAACUCACAGAUUCCACUGUUGGAGCGCGUGCCCAUUGAGAAUUGCGUGUUGAUUCACUUGGGAUCCACUGGAAUCUGCGAAGGCGUACGCUACCACAAUGAAGAAAAGCACUCGCUGCCCAAUUCAGGAACCUUCAGUGCACUUUGGAUAGGCUAUACAACUUUCAAGAUGCGGGACCCGCAUGAGCGGACGGCACGGGAUCUUUGCAGUCUUUUUCUAACUUAUUAUGCUGCAUUAUUAGGUGGUAUUGGGAUUUGUGGUGCGGGGGCCCACACGCUUUCCAAUGCAAGUCCAAAGGACGUCCCGUUCUAUAAGUCGCUUAUGAACACGCAAUGCUACAGCGCUCUUACAGAAACAAUUCAGGAGGCUUUGGCUGAUAAGAAUCAUGCGUGGAUAAACAAUGAAUUUUGUGUUGCACUUGUCCGAGGACACGCGAAGAUCUACCCUCAACAUUACCAGCAACUUAUUUUCGAGGAAAACAAGGGAGUUGAAUACACGACUCGUUACGAAAAUUGCUUUGGAAGUAGAGAAGAACUGACAGCACUUUCUGCCGCGAUUCACGGAUGUGGAGGACAUCAAAUGGGCGCUGGUAGGUUGUUUUGUCAGUGUCUGCGCGGUCUGAUGAAACAUCUGGUGUGCUUGAAGGAUCACUCUGUUUUGGUGACGCUAGAAGCCUCCAGUUUUGCUAGGGGCUAUGGGGAUUACGACUCUGACCCUCGGUACAGUCCUGAUUUUGUUGAGAUGAUGGUUGUCCAACCGUCCAAUGACACAAAGUGA